UUCGGUUUAAACCAAUUUUGGCAAGGCGGCGGCCAUAAGGUGAUGACCACUCGACGCGACGACAUGGCAUGGAUUAGCUGCCGUUCCCACCUGCUGGUGCCUGUGAUUUCGGUGCUAUUGAUACCGCUGGUCGCUGGCUUCGGCAACGAGUAUGUCCACAUCAAGGUGCAUGUGCCCAAGGAGGAGUCAGCGGCGGAGGAGUCGCCGCACAAGGUGAUCCACCACUACCACCACCAUCCGCAUCCGCAUCAGUUAUACCGCAGUCGGGGACGAGUCCGUCCCAAGCCCAGUCCACUGCUGGAGAGCGUAAUCCUCUCGGAUCUGGACAAGCCGCUGCACAUGAGCGAGCAUGCGGACUAUCUGAAUCACGCCAAGGAGCUGGCCGACCACCUCACGGAGACGUAUGCCAAGAAGGCACCUCCUCCGCCACCGCCCAAGAAGAAGGUCAACACCUAUACGAUCAUUGAGGAGCAGCACAGACCACAUGGCUACGACUACGAGGAUCACCAUGAGCCCAGUGUGGAGACGUAUCGAGUGAUUGAGUCACGACCCAAGCAGCAGCACCAUCAUCACACUCAUACUCACCAUCCGGUGGAGGAGGAGGAGGUGGACGACGAUUUUGGCUAUCACUAUCCAAGCGGGGGAAAGCAUCAUCAUCAUCAGACUGGUGCCUAUGCGGAGCCCGCACCCGUGGAGGAGCACAUCGACCAGGAGCCGGAUACGGGCUAUAAGUACUCGCCACCCAGUCACGCCUACAUCCCGCCCAGCCACGGUCAGGCCCAGCGGAGCUCCAAGCAAACCAGAGCGCCAGCGUACACUCUCGAAGCUCCGCAGGAGUCCUCCUUCGGAUACGAUUACUCCCGACCCUCGGCCGGAAGUAGCACUGACUUCCGGCCAUCAGUACAGGUGUCAUCCAGUGACCCGUACGGCGAGGAGGAACCGGCGGACACCUAUGGACCACCGCUCACGGCCACAAGGCGUCGCCGACCAUCGCAGUCCCUGGUGGAUUGGCCCGAGGCCAAGGGAUUCAACAGUGCCGCGUCGGAAACAUACAGUGGCGUCGAUAGCUACAACGUGGGUCAUGUUCAGGGCUACGGAUCCAGUAGCUACCACCAGUACAGUGGGCCCUAUUUGUAGGUGUCCCAACACCCCGUCUAAUCUAAGAUCUAUUUAUUACUUUUUUUUCGUAGCUUCGUAAGUCGAUAGUAUCAGUUUUAAGAUUUAAGCGAUAAAUAAAGAAAUGUUUGUAAACACUCAAAGAAAUGUAAACUUAUUUGCUUAUGUUUAUGUCUCAACGCAAUCCUAUCCAGUUGGAAAGCACCAAGACCACUUGAAAAUUAUAA